GCCCCCGUUUCCCCCCGCCAGCAGGAGCCCGGCGCCCACCGCUCCCCCAUGGCCUCCUCCCCGGAGGACCCCGUUCUGGAACGUUACUUUAAAGGCCACAAAGCGGCGAUCACCUCCGUGGGCUUCAGCCCUAACGGCAAACAACUUGCUACUGCUUCUUGGGAUACAUUUCUCAUGCUAUGGAAUUUCAAGCCACAAGCUAGAGCUUUCAGAUAUGUGGGUCACAAGGAUGUUGUAACCAGCGUGCAGUUUUCUCCACAUGGAAACUUGUUGGCAUCUGCCUCACGAGACAGAACCGUUAGACUCUGGAUUCCUGAUAAGAGAGGGAAAUCGUCGGAAUUUAAAGCUCACACAGCUCCAGUCAGAAGUGUGGACUUUUCAACUGAUGGCCAGUUACUAGCAACAGCUUCUGAAGACAAAUCCAUCAAAGUAUGGAACAUGUAUCGCCAGCGCUUCUUAUAUUCCUUGUACCGACACACACACUGGGUACGCUGUGCCAAAUUUUCACCUGAUGGAAGAUUAAUUGUGUCAUGUAGUGAGGAUAAAACUGUUAAAAUUUGGGACACCACAAAUAAACAGUGUGUUAAUAACUUCUCAGAUUCUGUAGGGUUUGCCAAUUUUGUGGAUUUUAACCCAAAUGGUACAUGCAUAGCUUCAGCAGGUUCUGAUCACACUGUGAAAAUCUGGGACAUAAGAGUGAACAAAUUACUCCAGCAUUAUCAAGUUCACAACUGUGGAGUUAAUUGCCUGUCCUUCCAUCCUUCGGGUAACUUCCUCAUCACUGCUUCUUCAGAUGGCACGCUGAAGAUUUUGGACCUCUUGGAAGGGAGGCUCAUAUACACACUUCAGGGGCAUACGGGACCUGUCUUUACAGUAUCAUUUUCAAAAAAUGGAGAGCUGUUUUCAUCAGGGGGUGCAGACACACAGGUCUUAUUAUGGAGGACUAACUUUGAUGAUUUACGUUGUAAAGAUCUUAAGAGAAAUCUUAAGAGAUUGCAUUUUGAUUCACCACCGCAUCUUCUUGAUAUCUACCCAAGAACACCACAUCCUCAUGAUGGCAAAAUUGAGACUGUUGAAAUUAAUCCAAAGCUUGAGGUAAUCGAUUUGCAGAUUUCUACUCCCCCUGUUGUGGACAUCCUUUCUUUUGAUUCUGCUACAACCACAGAGACCAUUGGUAAAACUCCACCAGAAAAGGGUGAAGAGAUCUGUGGAUAUUUCUUGAACCCUUCCUUAAUGUCACCAGAAUGCUCGCCAACAGUAAUGAAAAAGAAGACGGAAGACAUGAGUGACUUCCCCUCUGAGAGUCAGAGAAGCAUUCCACUCGCAGUGACUGACGCUUUGGAGCAUAUUAUGGAACAGCUCCAUGUUUUGACACAGACCGUAUCAAUCUUGGAGCAGCGACUAACUUUGACCGAGGAUAAGCUGAAAGACUGCCUGGAAAAUCAGCAAAAGCUUUUCAGUGCUAUCCAACAGAAAAGUUGAAUUAGGGAAGUGUGAGCAGAGGCACUAAGAGUGAACACAAAUCCAUAUACUCAGGAAGGCAGCACAAGAUGCUCCACGCGGCACAAUCAUGCGCUCUUUAUCAUGGCAUUUCUUAAAAGAGUGAGCAGCAGACCAAAAGGCCGAAAAGGAAUAUUUAAAGCCUAAUUUAAACACAAAUCAGUGUCAAUGACUAAAUCACUACCAUUUAUGAUUGCAGUAAUAAAGUGAUAAGCAUUCAAGUGACUCCCUAUUUUCCCAUAUUAUUUUAAAUAUCAGUUUUCAUUUAUAGUCCAAAUCCUGCCCGGAAAGUCGCCAAAUCUCUGGAUUCCAUUGGUAAAGUAGUUCAGAUUUACCAUGUUCAAGUAAUUUCUUAAAGUAAUUCACGUAUUUCUAUAGUUCACAUGCCCUCCGGGUGAAGUGAUUCACUUACUUCUAAAACAGUAUCCUAUGUGCAGAGAAGGAGUUACUGAUCUGACUCAGAUACCUUCCAAUUCAAGAAAGAAAAAAUUAUACUCUUACUCAUGCCUUGAAAAGCAGAGCUAAUUAAAAACUCCCAGACCACAGAAUUGCCACAGCAAGAAUAUGAUUAUUUUAAUUAGCAACAGCACGUACAUGACAGUGGGUUUUUGUUCAAUUUGUGGGGUACGUUGUCAACAUCCUGCUGCCAACCUUAAGGAAAAUGAAGAGUUUGGAGCACAGGAAGCAGCCAUAUCUUUUCUGUGACAGAUGAAGUCCCACAGUGACUUGGAUUGUACUGACCCUGUGAUCUCAGGUUAUGGAGUGUGAGUACUUUAGCGUGAUUUCAGAUGCACAAAAGCCAGAGUGAUGCAACACAGGUAUAGUGUAAAAUAGUCACACGUGUGUAAACAUGCUUCAGAAAUAUUGUUGCUUAGUAUGAUUUUUGGCAGCCGAGCAAUAGGUACCUUUAAAAUAAGGCCACUUUAUCCUUAUCUCCCCCCCCCUUUUUUUCAUGAAUUGUGAUUUGAAACAAUUGGAAGCAAAUGAGCCAGGCAUUCUAGAAGAUCUUGGUUACAAAUUAAGUUUAUUCUAUCUUAAACAAAACUCAGAUUAAAGUGCAAAACAAACCAGGCAGGUUAAUUUUACUUGAUUUUCUAGUAAGUCGUAUUAAGAGCAAAGGUAGGAGCAGGCACUCCACCUUUAUGACAUCCACAAGUAACUGGGGAAAAUGCUGUCUAUGUGUUGGAAAAGAAGAAAAAGUGAAAUAUAAUUUAUGUGGGAGUGUAUGUUUAGAAGCUUUUCUCCAAGUAAUUUCAAUUGUCCCUAUGAGGUGUUUUUUUGUUUUGUUUUUGUUUUUUAUCAUUUCAUUGUAUGUUGUAAGUGCCUUUUUAUACUAAGGGUGAACUUCUAGACAUUUUCAAGAGCUUGUAAAGUCUAAGUGGCAUUGUAUUUUUAUAACCUCAUUGAGAAAACCAUAAAUGAAAUAUCAUACCAAUUUUUGUUUACUCUUUUUUAUGCUUCAAACAAU